UCGCGGACUGGCCGCAGGCUGCGAGCAAGGCUACUGGCCAGAUCCUACCAGCUGUGCCUGCGGUCCUUGGGCCGCUCUGGGUGAUUGCCGACCUGCCCCUGCUGGUGGCCAGUGGCCAGGUGUGCACGGCACCUGCAGUCUCGACCCCGUGGCCCAGGGUGACGUGGGGUGGAACCCGACCAGACUCCGGAACAGGACGGGCGAGGGCCGCAGUACGGAAUAGGUAUGGGCCAGGGUCACGUUGUGGGAGCGAAAAGUGGAAGCCAGACGCAGUCGUGGAACCCAAGGGUGGACACCAGAGACACAUACAGGAGCCGAGUCGGGUCAAGGGCAGGGGGUCGCAGGGACGUGGAUGGAGGGGAGGGGAGGGAGGGCGUUGGCCUGGGCGAUAUAUGGUUCUGGCCUCCCCGCAGGCCCAGAGCAAUGGCAGCCCCAGGAACUGCAGCCCCACCAACCCCAGUCGCACCAGGUGAUGGUUUGCUGGGAGGACGGGGGGGACCUCCUGACUCCAUGCCCGGGGCCAAGCAGCUCCCAGUGCUGAUCCGCAGGAAGCGAGAUGGAGGCCGCUUAAGUGAGGAGGACAUCAAGGGCUUCAUCAGUGCUGUGGUGGAGGGGAGUGCACAGGGGACACAGAUUGGGGCCAUGCUGAUGGCCAUCCGGCUGCAAGGCAUGGAUCUGGAGGAGACCUCUGCGUUGACCCAGGCAAUGGCCAGGUCUGGGGAACAGCUGCAGUGGCCAGAGGCCUGGCACCAGCAGCUUGUAGACAAACAUUCCACAGGGGGAGUGGGAGACAAGGUCAGCCUGAUCCUGGCACCUGCCCUGGCCGCGUGUGGCUGCAAGGUGCCAAUGAUCAGUGGACGUGGCCUGGGGCACACAGGGGGCACCCUGGACAAGCUGGAGUCUAUUCCUGGGUUCAAUGUCAUCCAGAGCCCACAACAGAUGCAAGUGCUGUUGGAGCAAGUGGGCUGCUGUAUUGUGGGUCAAAGCAAGGAGCUGGUUCCUGCAGAUGGAAUCCUGUAUGCUGUACGAGAUGUGACAGCCACUGUGGAUAGCCUGCCACUCAUCACAGCCUCCAUCCUCAGUAAAAAGGUGGUGGAAGGGCUCUCUGCCCUGGUGAUAGACGUUAAGUUUGGUGGCGCUGCAGUCUUCCCAGACCAGGAGAAAGCUCGGGAAUUGGCAAGAGCACUGGUUGGCGUGGGGGCGGAUCUGGGGCUUCGGGUGGCAGCAGCCCUGACGGCCAUGGAUAACCCUCUGGGUCGCAACGUGGGCCAUACCCUGGAAGUGGAGGAAGCGCUGCUCUGCCUGGAUGGCACGGGGCCACCGGACCUGCGGGACCUGGUCACUAGACUCGGGGGUGUCCUGUUGUGGCUCAGUGGACAUGCGGGUAGCUCGGCCCAGGGCACCGCCCGGAUCGCUACGGCACUGGACGACGGCUCCGCGCGGCGCCGCUUCGAGCAGAUGCUUGUAGCACAGGGCGUGGACUCGAACCUGGCCCGAUCACUGUGCUCCGGGACCCCGGCGCAGCGUCGUCAGUUGCUGCCCCACGCCAGGGAGCAAGAGGAGUUACACGCGCCUGCGGACGGCACCGUGGAGAGCGUCCAAGCGCUGCCACUAGCGCUCGUGCUGCACGAGCUCGGGGCCGGACGCAGCCGUGCAGGGGAGMCAAUCCGCCUGGGCGUGGGCGCCGAGCUGUUGGUGGACGUGGGUCAAAGCCUGAGCCGAGGGACGCCCUGGCUCCGCGUGCAUCUGGACGGCCCUGCGCUGAGCGAUUCGCAGCGCCGAGCACUGCAGGCAGCGCUUGUGCUGUCUGAUCGCGCGCCCUUCACGGCCCCCUCGCCCUUUGCGGAGCUGAUCCUGCCACCCACCGCCGCGCAGCCUUGAAGCCCGACAGCCUCCGA